CAUGGGCGUUUAUGCUGUUUGGUAGGUUCAAGUUGCUUUUCUUGAUCCAGAGGGCCGCACUGAAUGUGAUUUUGGUGUUUGUCUGGCUUUUACAAAGUUGGUUUAGUUAAGAACCUUUAUCCAGGAUAAGUCCAGCCUCGCUCUGCAGAAAACCCUUAACUGCGGUUCAACAGGCGGAGGAUUUAACCUACCUGAAACUUCGGCAUGUCAAGGUCGAAUGGUUGUGAAGUCCCGCCCAUACCCGUUGUCAAAUAUGAAUGUAACUGUGUAUAUGCUAAUCUCACUUUACCUUGCUUUUAGACCUUGAUCACACUGCUGAUGUCCAGUUGCACUCUUGGGGCGAUGAUCAAGUAGAAGCAUUCGAACAAGUUGCCAUGGCGAUGUUUAAUUACAUGACAACAAACUAUGAUUCGGUAAAUAUGCUAGAAAAAAUGGAAGUUGAAGCAAAUGGUCAUGAUAUGAUGUCAUUACUUUAUCAUUUCUUGGACGAAUGGCUGUUUGCUUUUUCAGCAGACCGGUUUUUCAUUCCACGCGUUGUUAAAAUAACUGAAUUCAACAAAGAGAAGUUUUAUAUCAAAUCUGUUGGUUGGGGAGAGCCGUUUGACAUCUCGAAGCACCCGCAGGGUACUGAAGUCAAGGCUAUCACAUAUUCUAAUAUGCAAAUUCAUGAAAAAGAAGAUAUGCAUGAGUUAUUUGUGAUAAUUGACAUUUAAGAUUUCUUCCAUUUGUCUAAAUAUAUUCAUUUGUAUACAAUAAUACUUUGUUUUCUUAAAAGCAAGACAGAAGUUGUAUUACAUGUCUAUUCAGUACAUGAAUGCUGUUUACAGAUGGUAUUCAAAAAAUCACUGACUUCACAUGUCAUUAUAUACAUUCUGUAAUCAAAACCAGCAUCUGGCGUUUUUUAUGUUUUAUAUUUUCUCUGCUCUAACCUCUUCUAGUAUCUAUGAUUUUAAAGCAUUUUGUGCAACAGAUUUCUUGAUAUCUAUGUCUGUAUAUAGUUAACGUAUUUUUGUGUUCUCUAGGACUACUUCCAAUCUCCUGACAGGGAUUUAAAUACUGAUAAUGGAACAGUCCUGGCAUUUACUUUGCUGGACUUAUUUAUCGUUACAGUAAAAUGUAGGAUUAGUAUGAUGCCAGCAACCAUUGAUUACUCCCUACAAGAAUCCAAAGUAACCUAAACUUCUGACAUAUAUAUGAAAGUGUCCGCUUGUUAGACGAUCUGUUCGGAUGCUACUUGAUUUUUCUCUUCUGUCUUUAAAUAGUUUAGUGACAUGCCGAAUGUCUUGAGCUGCUUUCCCUUACUUUUAGUUUUUAUUUAGUCAUCAUGAUUUUUGAUGAAUAACUGUAAAGACUUUUAUGAGGAUUACAGUUGUCUGUCACACCUAGCUAGCGGCGGUCAAACAAAAACUUGG